AUGAAUAUGCGACCGUUGAAACGGCCUCGCCUUGGGCCACCGGAUGUGUAUCCGCAGGAAGCAAAACAACGGGAAGAUGAGCUAACGUCCACGCACGUCAAACAUGGUUUCGCGACGGAACAUAAACUGUCCGAGGAGUUCGGCACCGCACGCAAUUGCAACGUGUCGGCGAGCAAGGUCGGUGCGUACUUUAAUGCGAUUCUGGCCAAAAAGGAAGAGCUGAUGACACUGCCCGAUUCGGGAAGAAAGAAGCAGCAAAUCAACCCGAAGGAUAACUUCUGGCCUGUCACGGCUCGCAACAAGACCACCCUGGAUACGUGGUUUAAAGAUCUGGCCGGAACGAAACCAUUAAGCAGCUUGGCGAAGAAGGCACCGUCGUUCAACAAGAAGGAAGAAAUAUUUGCAAUGUUGUGUGAAAAUCAAGUCACGAUGCAGCGAGCGGCCUGGUUUAUUAAGCUUAGCUCCGCUUACACCGUUGCGGUUUCGGAGGCAAAAAUAAAGAAGCGCCAAAUGCCCGAUCCGGCAACGGAAUGGACGGGAACGAUGAUAAAAUUCAUGAAGGAUCUCAUACCGAAGCUGCACGAACAUUACCAUCAGGGUCCGCUGCAGGAGAAAUCUUCCACCGGUAGUGUGGCAAGCUCUGGGGCAAUGAACAGUACAAAUAGCGGCCUCGGGUUGGGCUCUGGAACGGGAGGAACCAACCCUUCAACAAUUCCGCCACCCCUGUCCAGCCCGGCCGGAAGUAUGCACAGUCCGGCCAGUGGUAACCCAGUCGGAGGGUCGAUGCAUGGCCAACAGCAGCAACAGCAACAGCCACCAAUUUCUCCCCAGGAAGAGCAACGAAUAGCCCAGCGGCAGUGGAAUUACAGUACCCAGCUGUGCAAGUACAUGUACGAGGAGGGUUUGCUGGACAAGCAAGAGUUCCUGAACUGGAUUAUUGAUUUGUUGGAAAAGAUGAAAUCGUCCCCGAACGCGGACGAUGGGUUGCUGAGAAUUUAUCUACCAUUGGCAAUGCAGUACCUGCACGAUUUUGUGCAAUCGGAGCGCUUCUGUCGUCGAUUGGCGUACGCGGUGUCGAAAAAGUUGGCCCAACUGAUAAAUCAGAUGGCGGAGAGUCAUAACAUCAAUUUGAACGCACCCGAUCCGGACGGUAAACAAUCGUCCAACGAAAUGACCGAUAGCAAACAGGACAAGCAACACGACAAACCGGCCAAAGAGGGUUCGAACGGCGGUUCCAUGACGCAAUCGACCGAUGCAAGCCCUCCGAAGGUGAAUCCGUACGAAAUGAUUUUCACCGAAUAUUUGCACUGUUCCCACCAUCGAGAUGUGGUGUUGCAGCUAUCAUCCAUACUGCAGGUCAUCACACUUGAAUGUCCGACCGCGCUCGUUUGGUGUGGCGUCGGAGAAACUCGUUCCUCGUCGGUGCUCUCGGGCAGUCCGCUUGACCACUUACCGGUGGCACCAUCGGCACUACCGAUGCCGACCCGUUACGAAAAUUCCAAUGAGGACGUUCGUCGACAACUGUUUGAAGCGGAAGAAAGCAUCAAAGUGCGCUCCAGGCAUGCCGAAUCGCGUUGGUGUAUCGACAAGUGGCAGACAGCUGCCGGCAACGCUAGCUUAAAGAUACUGGCCACACUGGACGCGCUCGAUGGACAUUGUUUCGACCGGAUGGAUUCGAACAACUCGCUCGAUUCGUUAUAUUCGAAGAUAUUCCCACCGUUCCAAGUGCAACCGAUCAAAGCGUCGGAAAGCACUGCAGGAGGAGGCGGCAAUGCGGGGCAAGGCAAUGCCAUCGGUGGAAUUAACGCUGCUGAUGGGAAAGAUGCAGCCACAAAGCAGUUUGAAUACAACGUGGAACAAGAUUCAUCGAUUGUGAAGAUUCUCUGCGAAUGGGCCGUUUCGUGGCAGCGUUGGGGCGAACACCGGGCAAUGGUAGUGGCCUGGCUGCUUGAUAAACGGCAGAACGAAGUGUUGACGGCGCUGGAAAACGAUAGCUACAACAACACGCUCAACAACUCGGAUGACAAAGACUCGGUGCUGUCGGGCAGCGGGCUAAACGGAGGCCAACCCGUCUUCCAGCAUAUUCUGAUGAAUUUCCUCGACCAUCACGCGCCGGUCCUGGAGGAAGGAGGCAGCUCGCAGAACAAGUCCCAGUUUACGAACCUCGUUCAUUUGUUUAGCGAACUCAUUCGCCAUGAUGUGUUUUCACAUGAUGCGUACAUGUGCUGCCUGAUCUCGCGUGGCGAUCUACUGACAGGCGCCGGUGGAAUGCUGUCACUCGACAGCCAUGGGAUGUGUAACGCUGGGCUCAGUACUGGACCAAUUUCGAACAAACCAGCCACCAGCUCGUCCCCGAACAAUGGUGGCGGAAUGGAGGAUGAUGUGUUGCAAACGGAUUUUAAGGCUAAACUGGAAGAUUUGGACGAUUCGAAUGUGGAUGAAGAUCUGGACAAGCUGUUGCAACAUAUCAAAGAAGAUCAGCAGAACUCGAUGGAUGCACCGGACAGUCCGAAAGAUCCAGAACAUGCCGCUCCGUCAGUAACUGGUCUCGGUAAGGCUGAAUCGUCUAGCCGCCAUUUUCUGUACACCGAACACUUCCCGCUCUGCCAGGACGAUCCCAUUUCUCAGCAUGACUGCAACCAGCGGUACAUCCUGCUGUACGGAGUGGGCAAAGAACGGGACGAAAAGAAGCACGCGGUGAAGAAAAUGUCAAAAGAAAUUUGUAAGCUGUUCUCGAAGAAGUUCAGCAUCGACGUGGCCGAAGGUGGCAAGGUGAAGAAACAUUCGCGCAGCGAGUUUAACUUCGAGUCCACCUCGAACAAGUGUCAAGCGAUGUCGUACUUUGACCAACACGUCGUCACAUGGCAGUGUGCGGUGCAGGUGCAGGAAAUGCUGAACGCAUUUGCAGCCGGCAAUAGUAACUAUCUGCCGGUUCAAGAGCACGUGGCGUUCCUGUUCGAUUUGAUGGAGUCUGCGUUCAACAUUUACGGGCUAAUCGAUACUUGCAUCCAGAUCUUGCGUGAGUUACCCGAGGUGGAGCUGCAGUUGAUUGGCAAAAGUUCGAUGGCACUGGUGCGCAGCUACACGACAUCGCUUAGCCUGUAUGUGGUAGGUGUCCUGCGCCGGUACCAUUGCUGUUUGUUGCUUUCCCAGGAACAAACGACAGCGAUCUUCGAAGGACUGUGUCGCAUUGUGAAGCACGUGAGCAACCCGAGUGAUUGCAGUUCGGCCGAGCGGUGCAUUCUCGCCUAUCUGUACGAUCUGUACUCGGCGUGUUCGUCCUUAAAAUCACGGCCGCAACAGGAACCCUUCCACAAUGCGUACCCGAAGAUUAAGCAAGCGUUAUACACACCGCUGCAACCGACUCCGUCGGCGCAUACGUACAAUCCGCAGUUUAUGAUUGAGAUCAUCACCAACCCGCGGCGCGGUGGAAAGAUCGAAAGUGCCUGGGCGCGGCAGCUGAACGAAUCUGCCUCCAACCGGUACAGCUUCGUGUGCAACGCCGUGGUGGCGGUUACGCGCGACAUUGACAACGAUUGUCUGAACGACAUCGCAGCCAUGUGUGCGGAACUGACGGCGUGCUGUAAUUCGCUCAGCACCGAAUGGUUGGGUGUGUUGAUUGCACUGUGCGGUUCGAACCGCGAUGCCGGUUACUACGUGGACGUGCUUACGCAGGUGGAUGUCCAGAACACCAACAUCCACAACGCACUGUCCGUGUUCACGAGCAUCCUGGUGGCGAGACACUGCUUCUCGCUAGAGAACUUUGUGGCACACGUGGCCUUACCAUCGCUGGUGCAGGCUUGCAAAGGACGCGGUGAAACAACGCCGGAAAUAGAAGCAGGCGCCAGGCUGUCCUGCCAUCUACUAUUGCGACUUUUCAAAACCAUCGAAUGUCCACAGCCGGGUCUGUACUCGGUCAGCACAUCACCGAACCCGAUAACGGUGGGGAACGCGCACAACAUCAAGCUGAGUUGCGAUCGACAUCUGCUGGCUGCGGCACACAAAAACAUUGGUGUAGCGCCGGUGCUAGCCGUGCUGAAGGGAAUUCUCGUCGUGGGUGACGCUACGGCCCACAAGGUAUCGUCGAUAUUUGGCACUGGCAAGCGUAGUGGGCUCAAUACGCCGGUCCAUCCAGGCAGCACGCCCAAGAGCAUGGCCGGCUCGGGCGAUUUGAGUCACAUUCUAGGCACGAGCGAUCUUUCCAUACUGGGCAAUCCGGACGAAUCGAUGCUGGAUGUUUCGCAACAAAAUUCUCAUCUUAACCAGGAGAACGCGACCAGCCUGUCGGAUUUCGCGCAACAUGUGCUGCGUCAAAUUUGCUCACAGGAAUGGGUGCUGGAACGCUGCCUUCAACAUGCGGAAGAACUAUGCCAGCAUGGUAUGCUGAUCGACAAUCUGCUGACAGCAAAGCAAGCGCAACGAUUGCUCCACAUGAUCUGCUACCCAGAGCACGAAUCCAACCUGAUCGCGGAACUCGAUCAGAAGGCGAUCAUUGUGCGCAUAUUGGAGAAUCUGGAACAAUGGUCACUGCGCAUUUCUUGGCUAGAUUUGCAGCUCAUGUUUAAGCAGACCAACUGCAGCUCACCGGAUCUGUCGAACUGGCUGGAUAUGGUAGCACGGGCAGCUAUCGAUGUGUUUCGCGUCAACGAGUUCAUCAUGAGCAAUCCGGACGCGAAACAGGAGAAGGUAAAACCCUCGACCUGGUUGGUGGCCCCAUUGGUUUCGAAACUGCCGAGCGCGGUUCAGGGAAGGAUAUUGAAAGUAUCGGGACAGGUGCUGGAGAGUACGAGCAUGUUUAGCAAGCACAAGGAUGGCAAUGGGGGUAAUAAUAGCAGCAACAAUAACAGCCACAACCACGGAGCUAAUAGCAACAGUUCGGUCAGCUCGAAUGGGAGCACCUUCGGCAGCAAACAGUCGUCACAGCUAAAUCAUCAACCAUUCCUUGGUUUGGUACUAACCUGCCUCAAAGGGCAGGACGAACAGAAGGAAGGUUUGCUUCAAUCGCUAUACUCUCAGUUGUCGCAAUUCCUACAGAAUCGCGAUCAAAGUCUCGAAACUAUUGGCGGUAUUGAAGAUCCUUGCGGAUUUGAGAAAAUGCUUGAUGCGCUACAACUGCGCUACUCGCUUGUUGGAGGACUAUUCGAUGCAAUUAUGAAAAAUGCCACCUCUACAACAGACUGGGCGAUCCUGUUUGCGCAGCUAAUCAGCCAGGGGGUGAUUGAUUUGAGCAACAAUUCCGAAUUGUUUACUACGACUCUCGACAUGUUGGCCACACUGAUACAUUCAACGCUUGUCAGCGACAGCCAGACGGAGCGCGAUGAAAACAAGAAAUUGUACACAAAUCUCAUGAAGAAGCUACGCAAGGAACUGGGCGACAAGAAUGGUCCCUCGAUCAAAUACGUUCGACAACUGUUACCGCUAGCGAAGCAAACGUGCGAAGUUCUUACCUGCGACUCGGCAGGGUCAUCGACGGACGCGAAAGGCAAUAAAAUCGCGAUUGACAGUAUUGAAAAGAAGAACGGUCUUAGGCUUGGAGAUAAACAACGUGUGAGCGUUUGGGAUCUCUUAGAAGGUCACAAAAAUCCAGCGCCUCUGUCAUGGGCAUGGUUUGGUGCGGUGAAAAUCGAACGCAAACCUUUAGCUUACGAAGAAACGCAUCGUUUGCUAAAGUAUCACACGCACAGCCUAUUCAAACCGAGCAGCUACUAUUACGAGCCGCUUCCAUUGCCACCCGAGGAAGUGGACCCAAUACCCGACAAGCUCAAGGACGAUAUGAAAGCCGAUACGCCUUCAUCUGAUCAAUCGCCGGCACCGAGUACGGGCUCAAAGAAGAGCAAAACGACACGCAAAAGAAAACCGAAAGCCACGCCAGCUGUACAGGUUCAACAAAGCCAACCGCAACAACCAAUCAUGCCCGCGAUUGUACCACAGGCCGCUGCAGGACCUCAGCAAUUGCAGCAAAUGCAACAACAGCAACAGCAGCAACAGCAACAGCAACAACAGAUGCAACAGCAACAAUCGCUACAACAGCAGCAGCACUUGCAGCAACAGCAGCAGUUACACCUGCAGCAGCAACAGGCCCAACAGCAGCAGCAUUUGCAGCAACAGCAGCAGCAGCUGCAACAGCUGCAACAACAACAGCAACAGCAGCUUCAGCAGCAACAGCAACAACAGAAUCAAAUGAUGAUGCAACAACAGCAGCAAGGCAACAUUCCGCAGCAGCAGCAAUCAGCGCUGCAGCAACAGCAGCAACAGCUUGGAGCGCAACAACCACAACAGCAACAGGUUGCUAUGACACCGCAGCAAACACUACAGCAGAUGCAAAACAGCAACAUGGGCUCCAUGCAAAUGGGUGGUCCAAUGAACUCUAUAAACCAGCAGCAUAUGCAUAUGACCCAGCUGGUCGCACAAGGAGGCAUCGGAGGAAUGCAGUCGGGAAUGGGUGGACUCGGCUCCGGAAUGGGCGGUGGUAUGAUGAAUCAGCAGCAACAGCAGCAGCAGGCUCCACAGCAACAGCAACCCCAGCAAGCUCAACAGGCGCAGCAAGCACAACAAACCCAACAGCAGCAGCAACAACAGCAGGCUCAAGGCAAUCCAAAUAUGGGCUUUGUCGGCAACGUGAAUCCCAUGGCACAGUUGGCCCAACAGCAAGGAGGCAACCAACAGUGGGGUGGUUACGGGUCCAUGCAGCAACAGCAUCAACAGCAGCAGCAGCAACAACAGCAACAGCAGCAACAACAGCAGCAGCAACCACAGGCACAAGCACAACAGCAGCAGCAAACUCCACAGCAAGCUCAGCAAGCAUCACAGCAACAAGGACCUCAGCAAGGACCCCAGCAAGGUUCUCAGCAAGGACCGCAGACCCAGCAGCAGCUGCAACAGCAACAACAGCAGCAGCAAAUGUUCUAUUCCGGAAUGGGUCAAGCAACGAUAACACGCUUCGAUCGGCCACAGUUGACCUCGAACUCAAAGCAGGCUCUUUCAAAUAUGUUGCGUUCAAAGCAACCAAUCAAUGCCGGUCAUCCGACCGGUUUUAUGCAACCGCAGCAGCAGCAGCAACAUCAGCAACAGCAGCAGCAACAGCAGCAGCAACAGCAGCAGCAGCAGCAGCAACAACAGCAGCAGCAGCAACAACCUCAGCGAAAUCCCCAGCAACAGUUUAUGCGUGGCCCAUUGCGGGCUGGUAUGCCAGGCAAUCCGAUUGUCGGUGCACAGGCCGGUAUGGGUCCGAUGAAUCCAACCAUGGCUGGAGGCAAUGCGGGCAUUGGAGCGACGGGGGCCGGUGCAGUGAUGGGCGCUCAGAGUAUGGCAGCUGGCGGCAUGAUGGGAGCAGGGCAAGGUGCUCAAGGCCAGCAAACUACCGCAGGAAUAAUGAAUCAAAAUGCCCCGGCAAUGAUGGGCAACGCCGGGGGCUCGAUUAUGGGUCAAUCCGGUGGCAGUAUGAUACAGACUAGCAUGAUGAAUCCUCAGCAAAAUCCAGCGCUGGUUGGACAGGGAAUGGGUAGUGGCGGUGGAAUCGGAGGAGCAGGCGGUAUGGCUGGUAACAGUGGUAUGGGUGGAAGCGCCGGAGGGAUGGGAGCCAGUGGUGGUGGUAUGGUAACCUCUGGUGGAAUGGUUAGUGCCGGAAUGGGCAACGCAGGCAUCGGCAAUGCAGCUCCUAUGGGCGGUGGACAGGGCGGUAUGGGUGGUACCAGCGGAAUGCCGAACGCGGGUGGAAUGGGAAAUCCGUCCAUGAGCAAUGCUGGCAUGGGCAUGCAAAACAUGCAGCAGUCGGGCAAUAUGCAGGGUGCCAUGUUCCAGGGACAAAACGUUCCUUACCAAAAUGUCAACCAGAAUUAUCCCAACUACGGCAACCAGGGCAUGGGACAGCAGGGUGGACAGGGUGGCGCUAUGAUGGGUAACUUCAAUCAGAUGGCUCAACAACAACGCACUACUCAAGCAGAGUUCCUGGCCCAACAGCGCGCAGCAAUGGCUGCCGGCCGAGGUCAGUAUGCGCAACAUGCACCGAAUGUGACGAUGGGCAAUAUGGGUGUAAAUCAGGGUGCAGUGCCACCGUACCCUCGGCAAGGUGGUAAACCGGGCGUUGGUGGUAAUAUGCCUCAGAAUCAGCAACAGUUCCAGCAGCAACGGAUGCGUUUGAUAAUGCAGCAACAUUCAGGUAUGGGACAAGGAGGUAAUGCGCAAGGUAUGAUGCAGAGUCAAGGGCAAGGGAUGAGCACGCAGCAAACGCCAAAUCUGGUGGCUCAGUUGCAGCGCCAGAUGCCCAACCAGAACAACAUGAUGGGACAGCAGUACCCUCAUCAACCUCCGCAGUAUUAAGCAAGAACAUCAAAAAUGCAUCCAGUGCAUUCGCGUGCUCGAGAACAAAUGGGCUGGUGAGGCAGAAACAGAACAGAAUCUUCUUACUAACACCUAUAUAUUUAUUACCACUGUGACUUUGAGCAGACGCUUCUAUUUCUUAGUAAUGAAAUAGAAGCAUCGCAAUAAAUGGAGUAU